UUGGAUGACUUUGAGCUGCUCAGGCUAGUGGGACAGGGAGGGUUCGGGAAAGUCUAUCAGGUGCGGAAGAAGAUCUCCGGUAGGAUCAUGGCGCUCAAGGUAAUGCGGAAGCACAUGGUGAUCGAGGAGCUGAACGUUGAAGGGACCCGCAACGAGAGGUCUGUGCUCGAAUCGGUCAUGCACCCUUUCAUCGUCAGGCUCCACUGCGCCUUCCAUGACUCGGGAAGGCUGUACCUCCUCAUGGACUGGCACAACGGGGGGCAGCUGCUCAAACUCUUGGAUGAACACUCUCCCUUCACGGAGGCCCAGACGCGUUUCUACAUCUCUGAGCUCGUCUUGGCCGUCGAGGAGCUCCAUGCUCGCGGCAUAGUUCACAGGGACCUGAAGCCGGAGAACGUCCUCAUCGACUCUCACGGCCACCUGGUCGUGACCGACUUCGGGGCCUCCAAGAUUUCCUGCAUCGACGAAGACGUCCGAACGAACUCGUGGGUGGGAACAGAGCUCUACAUGGCGCCGGAGCAGCUGGAGGGGAAGGUGUACGGGAGGGUGGUGGACUGGUGGGCGAUCGGCGUUCUUUGCUGGGAGAUGCUGGUGGGUGAAAACCCCUUCUACCACAAGAACGCGGAUCAGAUUGCGCAGAAGGUCCUCAAGAAGAAGCUCGUCAUGCCUAAGUACCUCUCCGGCCCAGCUCACUCCCUGCUCAAGGCUAUGCUGAACCGGGACCCCGAGAAGCGGCUGGGGAAGAACGGGGCGGGGGAGGUGAAACAGCACCUCUUCUUCUCUGGGGCCAAGGGCUUCUCAUGGAAGAAGAUCUUCGAAAAGGUCGAUGGGCCCCCGUUCAAG